AUGGCCGGGGACAGCUUGGCGCCCCCACCGCCUACACUGACAGUAAACACUCAUUGUCGAAACAAUAGUUCGUGUAGUACUGCUGGGUCCGAUGCCAUCACCCCUUCGGGCGAGUCGACUAUAUCCAACCCUUUCCUCACACCUUCAAAGUCAGCAAAGUCAGACCCGUUCCUUACUCCAAGCAAUAGAAGUCGCGCAUCGAGUUUUGCUACUACAGCCGUCGAUGCAGAUACUGCAUUACGGCCAGACCCCGGAACAGAAAAUGAUUUCUACGUCGAGAACAAUCCAUUUGGCUAUAGUCCAGGUCAGCUGAACAAGCUGCUGGGUCCCAAGUCCCUGCCUGCAUAUAGGGCACUGGGUGGACUCAGGGGCAUAGAGAGAGGACUGCAAACCAACCUGGAAUCGGGCCUCAGUGUCGAUGAGACUGGCAUCCCAGCCAGGGUCACCUUUGACGAGGCCGUUUCGGGCACGAUAAAUCAUACAGAAAAGGGCCAGACUCCACACAAGGACAGCAAAGCCUUUGAUGACCGCAUCAGAGUAUACGGCAAAAAUGUGUUGCCCGCGAAAAAGGCCACCCCUCUGUGGAGAUUGAUGUGGAACGCUUAUAACGAUAAAGUACUUAUUUUACUGACAGUAGCUGCCGUCAUAUCUUUGGCACUCGGUCUCUACGAAACUCUUGGCGUAGUCCACCCGGAAGGUUCUCCUCCCUCAGUUGACUGGAUUGAGGGAGUCGGAAUUAUCGUUGCUAUUAUCAUUGUGGUCGGUGUUGGAUCAUUAAACGAUUGGCAAAAGGAGCGUGCCUUUGUCAAGCUUAAUGCCAAGAAGGAUGACCGUGAAAUCAAGGUCAUUCGCUCCGGCAAGUCGUUCAUGAUCAACAUUUACGAGGUUCUCGUCGGAGAUGUUAUCCACCUGGAGCCCGGUGACCUGGUCCCGGUCGACGGCAUCUUUAUCGAAGGACACGACCUCAAGUGUGAUGAAUCCUCGGCAACUGGAGAAUCCGACGCAAUCAAGAAGACGCCGGGAGACCAAGUCAUGAAGGCCCUCGAAUCUGGCAACAUGCACAAGGAGUUGGACCCCUUUAUCAUUUCGGGCGCCAAAGUCCUUGAAGGUGUCGGCACGUUUGUCUGUACAUCUGUCGGCGUUCACUCGAGCUUUGGAAAGAUCAUGAUAUCUGUGCGCACGGAGACGGAGUCAACACCUCUACAGAAGAAGCUGGAAGGUCUGGCAAUGGCGAUUGCAAAGCUUGGCAGUACCGCAGCUGGAUUGCUCUUCACCGUUCUCUUGAUCCGUUUCCUGGUCAGCCUCCAGUGGGAUACCAGAGCGCCGACCGAGAAGGCCUUUACAUUUCUAGAUAUCUUGAUUGUUACCGUCACCAUCAUUGUCGUCGCAGUACCCGAGGGUCUACCUCUAGCCGUCACACUUGCUUUGGCAUUUGCCACUACGCGCCUCGUCAAGGAGAACAACUUGGUCCGCAUUCUGAGAGCAUGCGAGACCAUGGGAAACGCCACCACUAUUUGCUCAGACAAGACUGGUACUCUGACUACCAACAAGAUGACGGUUGUUGCCGGAACAUUUGGCACUUCUCGCUUUGCCAAGAGUGACAAGAGUGAUGGCGAUGAGAAAGGCGCCUCUCAAUGGGCAUCCAGCUUGUCGGCCGCUGCCAAGGAUUUGAUUGUCCAGUCUGUCGCCAUCAACUCGACGGCAUUCGAAGGCGAAGACGGCGGAGAGACCGGCUUCAUUGGCUCCAAGACCGAGACUGCCCUCUUGCAGCUGGCCAAGGACCACCUUGGCAUGCAAUCGCUGUCCGAGAUCCGCGCCAACGAGGAUAUUGUGCAGAUGAUGCCGUUUGAUUCGACCAAGAAGUGUAUGGGCGCCGUCAUUCGACUCCGAUCUGGUGCCUACCGUCUCUUGAUCAAGGGUGCUUCGGAAAUUCUUCUCGGCUACUGCGCAUCCAAAGCCAACGUGGAGACGCUGGAAGAGGAAGGCAUGAGCCAAUCUGAUCGGGAGACACUUCAAACUACCAUUGAUUCUUAUGCCAAGAAGUCCCUGAGAACCAUUGGACUUGUGUAUCGCGACUACGCUCAGUGGCCUCCGGCUGGAGUUGAGAUCGAGGACGACCACGUCACGCUGUCCUCAGUCCUGAAGGACCUCGUCUUCUUCGGUCUUGUCGGUAUCCAGGAUCCUGUCAGACCAGGUGUCCCCGAGGCCGUCAAGAAGGCCCAAACAGCCGGCAUCGUGGUGCGCAUGGUUACGGGUGACAACAUUCUGACCGCCCAAGCCAUUGCCAAAGAAUGUGGCAUUCUCGUCGGCGAAGGUAUCGUCAUGGAGGGACCCGUUUUCAGGACGCUGAGCGAGGAGGCCAUGAACGAGACUCUGCCCAAGCUGCAAGUCCUGGCGCGCUCUUCUCCCGAGGACAAGCGCAUUCUCGUGACCCGUCUCAAGGCUCUUGGCGAAACCGUAGCAGUAACUGGCGAUGGUACCAAUGACGCGCCAGCACUCAAGGCAGCAGACGUCGGCUUCUCCAUGGGAAUCGCUGGAACCGAGGUGGCCAAGGAAGCCUCUGCCAUUGUCUUGAUGGAUGACAACUUUGCCUCCAUGAUCGUCGCUCUCAAAUGGGGUCGCGCCGUCAACGACGCUGUUCAGAAGUUCUUGCAGUUCCAGAUCACUGUCAACAUUACCGCCGUCCUCCUCGCCUUCAUCAGCGGUGUCUCGAGCUCUGACUUUACCAGUGUCUUGACUGCCAUCCAGCUGCUCUGGGUCAAUCUCAUCAUGGACACCUUUGCAGCGCUGGCUCUAGCUACUGACCCGCCCACGGAGAAGAUUCUUGACCGACCUCCCCAGCCAAAGAAGGCACCGCUGAUUACCACAAAUAUGUGGAAGAUGAUCAUUGGACAGUCCAUCUUCCAACUUGCCGUCACCCUUGUCCUGUACUUUGCCGGACACGCAAUUCUCGGCUACGACGUCAACAACGAGACCCAGAUGACGGAGCUGGACACGAUUGUCUUCAACACCUUUGUCUGGAUGCAAAUCUUUAACCAAUUCAACAACCGCCGCCUAGACAACAAGUUCAACAUUUUCGAGGGCAUCCACCGCAACCAGUUCUUCAUUGUCAUCAACUGCAUCAUGGUCGGCGCCCAGGUCGCCAUUGUCUUUGUCGGCGGCACCGUCUUCUCCAUCAAGCCGCUCAACGGCGUCCAGUGGGCCAUUUGCCUCGUCCUGGCGUCGCUGUCUCUGCCCUGGGCCGUUGUGAUCCGGCUCUUCCCUGACCCGUGGUUCGCCAAGAUUGCGCAUACCGUCGGCAAGCCCGUCGUGGUCGCGUAUAGGGCGCUCGGUGCCUUCUUCUCCAGCCUAGCAAGAGUAUUCAAGAAGCCGGCGCAAAAGUUCAGGAAGGAAAAGGUACAAGAGAGUGAGGAUAGAGAGAAGGAGGCAACGAAUAAUGAUACCCCAGCUGUUGUCGUUUCAGAGGCAGUAUAG